AUGAGAGCCGAGACUUGUAACAAAAUAUUCACUCAGCCUCCCAGCUGCAAAGUGUCUCCGUAUUACCCGAGUAAUGAAGAUCUAAGACUGACAACUCACCCGGAGCUUCAAGAAGAAAAGAUACUCGUAGACCCUCUGUACACUUCAAACUCGGAAGUAUCUUAUAAAUCAAAGCUCAGGGAAGACAACGAGGUCGCUAAUCAAGAAGACAUGCCUCUGGCGUACUACUGCAAGCCCUGCGCGAGGUUCUUCGCCUCGCAGUCGACCUUUAAGAAGCACAAGGCCGAAUUUCACGAGAGGAGACUCACAAAAAACGCUUGCGAGGAGUGUGGGAGGGUCUUCAGGACCUUGGCGAGUCUUCGGAAUCAUGCCAAGAGCCACCGGGGGAAGAUUGAGUCCGAUUUGGAGGGUAGCGACAAGGAAGUCGAUGGAAAAAUCGAGGGAGAGACACGGACCAGGAGAGAAUUGGUUUGCAAUACUUGCGGCAAGGUCUUCCGGCAUAGAAGUAAUUUUAAGAAGCACUUGGUGAGACACACAACCGGAGACCUGACUUGCAAGCACUGUCCUAAAAAAUUCAGGCUUUAUCGCGACUUGACUCGCCAUGAAAAGACUCAUUUUCUGCCCAGUUACAUGUGCAAGGAGUGCGACUACGAAACAACUGUCCUGGCUGCUCUUACUGUCCACAUGUUGAAGCACACUGACAACGCAGGGCUGCCUUACAAGUGCAACGACUGCGACAAGCACUUCAGAAAGGCCAGCGACUUGCAGGAGCACUACAACAUCCACUCCGGGGACAAGCCUUUCGGCUGCGAGCAGUCAAAGGAGGUAAAUUUGUCAGUAAAAGAAGAAAUUAACUCAGCAAAUUCAGUAAAUUUAUUCUCCAAAAAAAAAAAAGAGAUAAUUAAUGACAAUCCGAUUAAAUCUUGCGGAAGUAAAAAAAAAUUAGGAUCCAUUAACAGUAUUACAAAGAUCAAAGUCCCAACGGGAAUAAAAAGCAAAAAAUCAUCUAAAGAAGAAGAAAUAAAAAGAUUCUUCUGUGAAAUUUGCCCGCUGACUUUCAAUUUAAAGAGCAAGCUUCGCUCGCACAUGUUGAAGCACAGUAUCUCGCGACCUUACAAGUGCAAAACUUGUUAUAAGAGCUUUAAAAGCACGGUGUACUUAAACAAACACAUGGAGACCCACCGGGAACCGGCAGAAUAUUUUUCCUGCGGUUUGUGCGACUUCAAGGCGAAAACAAAGCCCUAUUUGAAGGUCCACUUUAUCCGCAAGCACACUGAUGACUACAAUUACGAGUGCCCGCACUGCGGAAAGAAGUUCAAAGUGCAAUCGGACUUUACGACUCAUAUAAAGGACCACGACACCGAGGCUUGUGUCUGCGACAUCUGCGGGAGCUUUUAUUCCAAAAGAAGCUCGCUUUACUUUCACACUCUCUACAAGCACAAAUUAAAAGUUAAGGAGUACGAGUGUGUGACUUGUAAAAAGAAAUUCAAGAGCCAAAAGAACCUCAAUGCUCACAGAGAGUCCCACAAGGUGAAAUAUGUGUGCGAGAAGUGCGGAGUUGAGUUUAAAUUCAAGCAGGGACUUGCAAACCAUCUCAGGAGACACUCUGGUGAAAAAUCUUGCCUCUGUCCGGUCUGUGGGAAAACUUUCAGCUGCUUGUCCUCCCAGAGAGUUCAUUUACUCACACACGCUGGGGAGAGACCUUAUGUGUGCGAUAUUUGUGGUCAGAGCUUUACUCAGAGAUCACCUAUGAUGCUUCAUCGGAAAAAACACCCUGGAUGGUUAAAAAAAGUGUUGAGCCGAGUCAGAAGAGUGGGUAAGAUGAUCACCAGGUCGCAAACAAGAGGCUCUACAAUAAAAAAAAAUUAUUUCUGCGACAAGUGCAAUAUAAACUUUCCAUUAGAGAGUAUGUUAAACCGGCACAAAGUCUACCACAACAUUAGCCAGCGGCUGAAUAAAAUGGUCCUAAAGAAAGUGAGCUCCAAAAAGUCUAAUAAUAAAAAAGAAUUUAAUUGUCGGCUUUGUCAAUUUAAUUGCAACCUCCAGGAAGAGCUGAUAGCUCACAGGGAGCGCGAGCAUUGCUCUAAGGCAGAUGAAGAUGAUAUUAUUGAUGAGUUAGAUACCAGCGGUGGUGAGUUUAAAAUUGUUACUGAGGAAGAGUUGAUAGCUGAGCUUAAAGGUUUCUCUAGUCCUGAAGAAAAUGCUGAAGUAGUCUAUGAAUUUCUUGGAGAGGAAACUCAGCUGGAGCCUCAACAGGAAGAAGAAAUAAUUAAUGAAGAAACCUUGGAUCACAAUUUGAAUUCAAGUGAGGAAGAAACUAUCAAUGAGGAGGUUCUCGAUGAAGAGCUGCUUAGUGAGAAAGAAAUAAGUGAAAUUCUCGGAGAAUUACAAUGCGAUAUUUGCGGGUUCAAGUGCACUAAUAAAAACACUAUGUACUCACACAAAAGGCGGCACAGAAUUAUGGCCAAUGAGAAUUUGAUAUUGUCUUGUGAUAAGUGCGAUUAUAAAGCGGUGAAGAAAUCAUCUUUGUUAAAUCAUAUUUUCAAAAAGCACACCUCAAAGUCCAGCGUGCCUGAGGUGUUCAGUUGCAGCCUGUGUGAGUACAAAAAUAAAAAUAAGUAUGAACUAAAGAUCCACAUCGCGAGAAGACAUACUCAGGAUUAUAAAUUUACUUGCGAAUUUUGUGGGAAAAAGUUCAAAGUUAAGGGCGACUUGACUAACCACAUCCGCUUCUCCCACAAAGAGCACCCGGUUAUUUGCGACGUCUGCGGCAAGACCUGUCUCAACAGCAACUCCCUGUACGUUCACCAGAAAUUUGCACACUACAAGGCGCAAUUUGAGUGCCACAUCUGCAAACGAAGGAUGGCUUGUUUAAGAUACUGA